UACCUCGGACACCAUAAGCCAUAAGGUAACCCUGUCUUUCAUCAAUAACGUCAGCCAAGGUACCCUGCUGUGGUAGACUAUUCGUAUUGUCUAUUGAACCAUUCAUCGACAGCAACAUUCGAGCUCUCUACCCGGCUCGACCGCCAUCACGAAGCAUCUAUUUGCCUACAGAUGCCGGUUCCGAUAUCCAAGCCGGUCUAUGGCCUCAGCCAGCCUCCUGAGCUCCCGUGCUUCCGCGCUUGUCGCAGAUGCCAUGCCCCGGUCACUUCAGCUCACCUCACCUCACUUCUCGCAUCACCCCAGAUAAAGAACUACCGGCAAAGAAAGCGAGCCAAGUGUGACUUCACCAAGGCACAGCUUCACCCAAACGUCUUUACCAAGGCAUACCGGCAUACCGACACAAUGCUACAAACACAGCCGCGGAGGCUCAACCACUACAAUUGCGACACUCGUCACAUCCUGGCCGGUCAACCGAGCCCAAAGUAAUCUGUACUCCGUACCGUACCGUACCGUACGCAUAGGCUGAUCUGUGGCCUGGCCAAGCACCGGCUCAUCCUCAUCUUGAGCCCAUCUUGAAAUUGGAACACCGCAUUGGCCAUGCAAUUCAAUGCAAUGAACCUCUCUCCGCCGGGUAACUGGACAACGACG